AAAAAUGCUCAUGCCACCUUCUAUGGAGGGGGUGAUGCAUCAGGCACAAUGGGUGGUGCUUGUGGUUAUGGGAAUUUGUACAGCCAAGGAUAUGGAACCAAUACUGCAGCACUAAGCACAGCAUUAUUCAACAACGGAUUGAGCUGUGGGGCUUGCUACGAGCUAACUUGCAGCAAUGACGCUCAAUGGUGCCUACAGGGGACUAUUACUGUCACUGCCACAAAUUUCUGUCCUCCGAAUCCAUCCCUACCUAAUGACAAUGGCGGCUGGUGCAAUCCUCCUCUCCAGCACUUCGAUUUGGCUGAGCCUGCCUUCUUGAAAUUAGCUCAAUACAGAGCAGGAAUUGUCCCUGUAUCUUUCCGAAGGGUGUCAUGCAACAAGAAAGGAGGAAUAAGGUUUACAAUAAAUGGACACUCUUACUUCAACUUGGUUUUGGUGACAAACGUUGGGGGUGCUGGGGAUGUUAAUUCAGUCUCCAUUAAGGGAUCUGGUUCUGGAUGGCAAGCAAUGUCUAGAAAUUGGGGCCAAAACUGGCAGAGCAAUUCCUAUCUCAAUAGUCAGAGUCUUUCAUUUCAAGUUACUACAAGUGAUGGAAGGACUAUCACAAGCUAUAACGUUGCACCACAUAACUGGCAAUUUGGACAAACUUUUGAAGGGGUUCAAUUUUAAUUCUAGCAAGAAACUUAGUAGGUAUAAAAAUAAACAAAGAGGCUUUCAACAGUCAAAUUCCAAUUUCUGUUUGGCUUUAUUGCUGUGGUGUGCCUGGUGGUUGGUUAGCACCCACUUAGGCCUAAAGUAGACAUUUAGUAAACUAGUUAAUACUGCAUUUUGAGUCUUUCCCAGUGCAUAUUUAUAUCCUUUCCAAUGAUAUACAAUUGGUCACAUUUAUCAAAUAGUGGGGUAACUUUUUUUUCUUGC